UGACUUGGUCAAUGAGUUAGAGACGUGACGGUAGCGUUUGUAGUGAUAUUCUAACAAUAUUAAUGAAUUUGCAUACACAAUUACAAAAAAAAAUGAAAAUAUAAAAUCUAGGAUUAUAAUUCAUAAACAAGCUUUGCAGCUUUUGUAAAAGUUAACUAAAAAUUUUCACCAUCACAGCCGCUUGUCCCGGGUUAUUGACGUUUAGGUCUUUGAUAGAAAUUUACCUUCCGAAAGCUGUUUGUGUAUGCUGAUUGUGGGCGUGCGUGCAAGUAGGUGGUGAAAAGUAAGAUAACACCAUACACCGUGAAAAGUGAAAUUGUGGCAAAUUAGUUUGAUAUGUAUUACAAAUUGGUAUUGAUGUGGCAAACCGGAUUGCGCCCAGUAAGAGAAAACGUGACGCUUGGUUAAGAUGGAAGAACGCGGGCAGAGAACGGACGACCCAAUCACGGCCUUCGCUGAGUUGAACGCGACGCUUGGUAAAUCAAAUGACCAUCCACUUAUCGGAUCGGAUUGAAACGGGCGUACCCGGCUAGCAUGGAGGAGAGCAAGAAGAAACAUUCGGGCACGAAAGUUUCUAAAAUUGCGAAUAUUUUCCAAGGAAUGCCGUCAAGAGAAGACGACGAUAUGCGCGGUAGCGAUGUGACAGUCGUGAGGACGGAGAGCCAUUUGGCGCGUUUCAAUAACGCUCGAGCGCUAUUCGAAAAAUUGGGAGAAGAGAAUCGUGGAUUUCGUAUUGAGAAAUCUCCUUCAGCUGCAGCUAGCUUUGCUGGUACGCGUGGUGGUCCGCCUGUGGCACCAUCUCGAUCGCGAUCCAGUUCCGCUGGUUCGGUGAGUCCACCGCGCCGAAUAGUAACACCAACGCCUACUGCUGCGAAUGCAGUUAAUGGUGAUAGACUUGCCAAUGGUGCAUCACAACCUCCUCCGAAACCGGCAAAACCCAGUGUUUUACCCAAACCAGAGAAGCCAGAUAGAAAAUUCAAUAAGGAAUUGAUUGAAAAACAAAGAAAUUGGACUGCACAUUUCAACAAAUCAAAGCAGAAUCGGAAUGAAAUUGAAACUAAAUUAGACUACAAAUAUACAAGUGGUAUUCAAGAAAGAAAGUCACCGGAAGCAUCUGAACGAUGUGCGAUUCCGUCGCGUGUGUAUUCACCCCCACUUUCGCCUUGUGCUGGCAACUCACAACUCGAACGUCCAACGACCCUUCCUUCAUCACUCAUCAAUCGCGCCGUUCCUGUUACAAAGUCUCCGAGUCCUGUCAAAAAUAUUAUAGCUUCACCAUCGCCCAGAUCGAAUAACAUUUUGGUAUCGCCUGUUUUAAGAACCGAUAAUAUCAUUUCACCGCCUGUGCGAAGUGACAAUAUUUUCCAUAAACACAAAACAGACAUAAACGCACAGCAGAUGGACUUGACAGAAAAUAUUUAUCCUAAAAGAAACUCUUCAGUAUCACCACAAAGAGAAGCUGGUUUUGUAGCAUCGUCAGGAGCAGAACGAUUGCAGUCCCCGAAAGCGGUUGACCGGACAUCUCCUGUAUUGGAUGCGGUGGUGGCAACACAAAGCAAUCAAAAAUCUCCAUCACCAUCGGCUAGAACAUUAAAGAACCCUGUUUGUUCUCACGAACAAAUUAACGUAAAUACUUCCGAACCUGAUCGAUCUUUGUCACCAUUAUCUGAUCGUGCAAUAGAACCACCAGAAUAUCCUAUGGACGUAGUACUACCAGAUUCUUGUACGAAGUCUAAUGAUUCUUCACCGCAGCUACCUCAUGACAAAUUGGAAGGAAACAAUUCUCUGCCCGUAAAAAAGGGUAUUGAAACUGAUUUGACAGCUUCUCAGCUGUCAUUGGAUAGUGAGUACAGAUUGGAGAAAGACUUAUGUUCCGAACAAUAUGAAGAUGAUGAUGAUGAGAAAGCAAAACGGCGUUCUUCAACUCCUGAAUCUCCAGCGUGCGAGAAGAAGGAAGAUGUGCUAAAUUUUCCUGUGGCAUCACCACUUGCGUCUCCUGUUCAUCACAAUCUGAACCUAUCGCCGCCGUCCUCGCUACAUCCAUCAGUGGGCGGUGGACGUAAGUCGUCGGAAACUGAAGAGACUCCACCGAGACGCGGCGGCUCGCGCGCUUCGAGCGUCUCUGACGAGGGCGGGUUCAACGAGCCCUCGCCGGAGGUGGUGGCGCGGUUGAAGCCAGCCGACUACCGCGAUACUGCCGCCUCGCUCACCGCCGACCAACGGGAUGACGAGCGUGCGCGCUCUGAUGCAGACACGCUUUCAGUGUUGCAACAGGACUCCGGUGUGGUUGUGAGUGAGGCGAGCCAAGGCUCUAUAGAGGUGCUCGACAAGUCGACCACCAGCCAAUGGAGCGUGUCCGAGGCCGAGAACGGCGAGGCGUCGCGCGACGUGCAAGACGCGCGCUGGGACGACGCCGACACCAAGCAACCCGACAGCAUGACGCCCGACGAAGCCGAAAUACUGCUCAGCAGCAGUAUUCUGGAGAAAAAACUUAGACAAGAAGCUCUACUGUCGGAUGAACAGGCGCAAGAGAUAGUGGCGAUGUUGUCGCACGACAACGGCGUCUCGCUCAACGACAGCUACCAGUCCGUGCUCUCUUACGAGAGUAUGCAGUCCGUGGAUGAGAGCUACGAAUUCGUUUCACUAGAAGCGGACAAUGGAAUGGCCGGUGGCGACAGGAAGCUGCCCUCCGAGCAUGUUAGCGAACAUGUCAUCGAACAUGUCGCCGAAUCUGUCGCGGAGCCUGUUGGCGAACCAGACUCCGUGUUUGAUUGCUACCCGCCGCAGCACCUGCGUGAGCUCGGCGAGGAGAACGGAAUACAUUAUUUCGAAGAUGGUCAUUUUUAUACAGAAGUUGCCGGCUUACCUCCAGAGGAGGAAGAGGAGGACGAUUAUUACCCACCAGUAUUUGUUAAAAAAAGUUCCAAAGUUAAAUUCAGCACGAAUCCGAUGCGCGUGUUCUCGACCCACUCCGUGCGGGAGUACGACCGCCGCAACGAGGACGUGGACCCGGUGGCCGCCUCCGCCGAGUACGAGCUCGAGAAGCGCGUCGAGAAGAUGCACGUGUUCCCCGUCGACCUCGUCAAGGGCGCCGACGGACUCGGCCUCUCCAUCAUAGGUAUGGGUGUAGGAGCGGACGCCGGCUUAGAGAAAUUAGGUAUAUUCGUGAAGACGAUCACCGACAGCGGAGCCGCGGCCAGAGACGGCCGGAUACAAGUCAACGAUCAAAUUAUAGAAGUGGACGGCAAAAGCUUGGUUGGGGUGACGCAAGCCUACGCGGCAUCGGUGCUAAGGAAUACGUCGGGACCUGUGAAGUUCCUUAUAGGAAGAGAAAAAGAUCCAGAAAAUAGUGAAGUAGCACAUCUGAUACGACAGUCUCUGGCCGCCGAUAAAGAAAGGGAGGAAAGAGCGACUCGUGAACGUCAACGACGGCAGCAAGCUGAAGAGGAAGAGCCCAGUCAGCCUCCCGGCGCUGACGCCGCGCAUUCAAGACAUCCAGAUAUCAAUGAGCUCAAGUCGUUUUUGCAAGAAUUGAUGGGCAUGGAGGCCGGAGGCGGUGCGAGUGAGGAGAUCAGCUCACGGGUGCGCGAGUGGUGCUCCCAGCGCGCGCCCGACGACCACCUGCGGAGGGCGCUGGCCGCCGCCGCCGACACCGCGCGCCGGGCGCACACCAAGUACGACAAGGCGCGGCGGGCACUGCGCGAGUGGCGGCGUACGCGCGCGCUGGUCCGCGCCCGCGAGGAGUGGUGGAGCGCGGCGCUGCGGGAGGCGCACCGGGAGUACGCCGCCGCGCUCUCCGCGCUGCACGACCGCGUCGCCAGGCUCGAGGUGCUGCUGCUCGAAACCCAAAAGAAGGCUGGUCUCCCGGUUAUGUUGCCGCACGAGCCGUCGGCGCGACGGGAGACGCCGCCUCUCCCACGCAGACCUGAUCCGGAUCCUUUACUCAUCAAUAAUCCUUGGAGUUCGGAUAGUGACUUGUCGGAUUUGUCUCCUGUCGAAGACGAAUACGCUAAAGUGGAUAAGUCCGACCGGCGUCGUGAGCCGCCUGACCUCGGUGACGUCACAGCGACAUCAUGUGAUGAACUACCAGCCAACACGGCCACCGCCGAACCUGUCGUUGUUUCGUCACCUCCGAUGCCGGUCGCGUCGUCACCGCCAGCCGUGACGUCAUCCAGUGCCGUGACCUCAUCCAGUGUUACAACGUCCUCGCCAGGGAACGCAGUGACGGUGAUUCCUCCACUGCCAGUUACAGUCACGUCUUCCUCUGUUCCUACGCCAAUUCCAACGGCAACAGUAGCAGCAACGGGCGGCAGUACAGAUUCUAUGGCGCUGGACGCGGCGGUGCCCCGCGGCGCGCUGCUGGACACGUCGUGGCACCGCGCGCGCACCGACCUGGCGCGGCACCGCCACCACGCGCACUCGCCGCACUCGCAGCACUCGCUCAGCAACGCCAGCUCGUACGACGGUCUAGACGACUCCUACAAUGAUUCUGCGGACGAGUCCCUGAGUGAGUCUACUUCGGGUGCACCGACGCACACUGGCGCUACAAGAGAAACCCGACAGAGCUGCGGCAGCUCCAUAGGGAGCGCCACGGACGACGGCGUGUAUUCACGCGAGCACCGGCACCACGCCCUAUCAGGACCGGCGGCGUCUCUGGCGGAGCAGCUGAAGCAAGUGCUGGCGGAGCGGGAGCGGCGCCUCGCCGUGUCCUCGCCGCCCGACCCCGUGCGACUCACCAACGAGCUCGUCGACGAGAUCCGCCAGGCCGUCAGCGAGGCCAACGCCAGAGUGAAGAAAGCUCCGGCUUGUGUAGUCGGCGGCGAGGUGCCGUGGCAGCCGCUGUCCAGCGCCGUCUCCGAGUCCAGCCUCGUGCCGCCGCCGCAACAACACGCCGUCAACCUGUGGACCAAACAACAGGUGUGGCACUGGGUGUCAGGGCUGGGGGAGGGGUUGGAGCGUCACGCUGGCGCGUUCGCCGCCCGCGGCGUGGACGGCGCCUUACUACUGGCGCUCAGCUCCGCCGACCUCAAGCUGCUGGGCCUGCCCAGGGACGAGCGGCGCCGCAUGAAACGACGACUCAAAGAACUACGAGCCGCGCACGAGAAGCACCUCAAGGCGCUCAAGAAGGCCGAGAAAAAAGCCAAGAAGAAGUAGCUUCACCGCUCGUCUGCCAAAGAAACGCCCGGUUCGCGCCACUCUUGCGGGACGAUGUACCUUUUGUUAAGUUCCUCGCCCCGAUUUCUAUUUCCUUGUCUGUUGGUAAUGCACAAAUUGUUUUG